CCAUGUACUGACCCGCUGAACUGGAAUUUAUAUGCAAGCUAUGAGGGCGACCUGUAUAUCCCUUUCCACGACUAUGUUCAGGCAGAAUGGAUCUGUAAGCUAGACGUUGCCUUCCCGAAGUUUCUUCAACUGCCAAGAGAACUCCAGUCGCGCAUCCUCCGUUUCUGCAACAGUGCAACGCUUUUCCAGCUUAUGCACGUCUCUUCUGCUACGCGGGACGAGGCUAGAAAGCUGUUCUGGUCGGAUCCUGGCUCGCGAUAUGUUGUUGAUGGCGCAUGGCUGGAGGCCGGAGGGUACUCUGGCCACACACUCGACGACGUGGCCGUCUUGACCUUGAUAAAGCAUGUAGAGGUAGAUUUUGCUGCAGGAUCUUUCGUUAACUGGGUAUGGGACGGCGGUGAAUCUCAAUGGGUGGAAGGGCCUCCUGCGGAUACAGCGGACCGAAUGGCAGACACUUUCUGGCAGACCUUUCAACGCCGCCUGCCUUGCGCAACCAAUGUUGUCUUGAAGUCCGUCCACAUCGAAUCAGGGGGAGCAGCACCCGCCGGCCUUACUAUGUUGGCCGAGAGAUGCCCUGCUGGCAUCCGCGUGUCGGUCUCAAGCCUCCAGAAGGUAGCCGGCUGCCGCCUUCUGCUGAGGAAAAUUCUCUGGCAACCAGUCUGGCACGACCGCAGUCAACCAGCAACAUGGAAGCUCGUCGACGUCGAAGAUACAGCACAAAGCAUAGUGCCGCCUGCUAAAACAUUCCGUGGGCCUGUAGGGGCAUUCCUUUGCAUAGACCACCACUCAAGACGCAUUGGCUAUCUAUACAUGGGUAUAUCAGUAUUGCGUAUCCAGGCUAUGGAAGCAUACUAUACACAGAACCCGCAGGCACCCAUCGUCUGCCCCGUUCCAGAAUGCGAUCUCCGAUUCGAGACCCCGCGAGCGUGGGCGGUCCAUGCAAGCGAUGCAAGGCACAUUACGUGUUACAAGUUCCCAACCGAGACUCUUGAGAGGUUAUUUUCGGAGCACGAGGCUCGACUGGCGCGCAUAAACCUGCAAAAUGCAGACCGCGGAAUGGCAUUACAACGGGAGUGGGGCGAAGAAGGUAGUGAGCAGCGCAGAAAGAGGGAAGAUGAGUUUCUCCAUCAGUUACAGCAUGACCAGGAGUAUGCGCAGGCGACGCCUCCUCGGGAGAGCAGGAUCUGGUGUCGCUAUCAGAUUCAGAUGAACAAUGAG